ACCCUCCUGGCAUGGGCGGGGCGUCCCUCAGUUCGUUAUAAAAUCCUGCUGCUGCGCAGACCCAGCGCUGUGUGUGGGGGCAUCAUGGCGGACCAGAGGGAUAAGAGCACUGACCAGAUGAAGCUCUGGAAGGAGGGCCGGGGCAACCAGAAGCAGGACGUCCUGACGACAGGCGGUGGGAAUCCCAUAUGCGAUAAGCUGAACCUCCUGACUAUCGGACCCCGCGGGCCCCUGCUGGUUCAGGAUGUGGUGUUCACAGAUGAGAUGGCGCACUUUGACCGGGAGAGAAUCCCUGAAAGAGUGGUGCAUGCCAAAGGAGCAGGGGCCUUUGGCUAUUUUGAGGUGACUCAUGACAUCACUAACUAUAGCAAAGCCAAAGUAUUUGAAAAGAUUGGGAAGAAGACCCCGAUCGCCGCGCGCUUCUCCACCGUCGCUGGAGAGGCUGGCUCAGCAGACACCGUGCGUGACCCCCGCGGGUUCGCCGUGAAGUUUUACACAGAGGAUGGAAACUGGGAUCUGACUGGAAAUAACACCCCAAUUUUUUUCAUCCGUGAUGCGAUGUUGUUCCCAUCAUUCAUCCAUUCCCAGAAGAGAAACCCCCAGACUCACAUGAAAGACCCUGACAUGGUGUGGGAUUUCUGGUCACUUCGUCCUGAAUCUCUCCACCAGGUUUCCUUCCUGUUCUCCGACCGCGGUAUCCCUGAUGGUCACCGACACAUGAACGGCUACGGAUCUCACACCUUUAAACUGAUCAAUGCCAAAAAUGAGCCGGUGUAUUGUAAAUUCCAUUUCAAGACCAAUCAGGGCAUCAGAAAUCUGACUGUGGAGGAAGCCGGUCGCCUGGCUGCCGAAAAUCCCGACUAUGGCAUCAAUGACUUGUAUGACGCCAUUGCCAAUGGAAACUACCCAUCCUGGACCUUCUACAUCCAGGUCAUGACAUUCGAGCAAGCUGAGAAAUACCCAUUCAAUCCUUUUGACUUGACUAAGAUCUGGCCUCACAAGGAUUACCCUCUCAUCCCUGUGGGUAAGAUGGUCCUGGACCGUAACCCAGCCAACUACUUUGCAGAGGUGGAGCAGAGUGCCUUUGAUCCAAGUAACAUGCCUCCUGGGAUAGAGCCAAGCCCAGAUAAAAUGUUGCAGGGUCGGCUCUUCUCAUACCCAGACACACACAGACACCGCUUGGGUGCCAACUAUCUCCAGUUACCUGUGAACUGCCCCUACAGGACUCGUGUAGCCAAUUACCAACGGGACGGACCCAUGUGCUUCUCUGACAACCAGGGUGGAGCUCCAAAUUAUUACCCCAACAGCUUCUCUGCUCCUGAUGUUCAGCCUUCUGCCCGAGAAAGCAGAUUCCGGGUGUCUGCUGAUGUGUAUCGCUACAACAGCAGUGAUGAGGACAAUGUCUCACAGGUUCGUGACUUUUACACCAAAGUGUUGAGUGAAGAAGAACGCCAGAGGUUGGUUGAGAACAUCGCUGGACACUUGAAGGACGCCCAGCUGUUCAUCCAAAAAAGAGCUGUGAAAAAUUUCUCUGACGUUCACCCAGAGUACGGCUCCCGUGUCCAGGCUCUGCUGGACAAGUACAAUGCAGAAGGCCGCAGUAAGAGAACCGUGAAGACUUACACCCAGCAUUCCGCCCAUGUGACUGCAAAUGACAAGUCCAACUUGUAGACUCCUUCCUCGGGAGGAUCCGUCCACAGCAUCUUUACCUGCCUUUUACUUGUAGCAUAUUGCUUAAAUAAGACCAUCUCGAAUGUACUGCAAUUCUCAGGCUUUCAAAUUAUUAUAUAUCUUUUUGGUUUUUUUAAGCCGAUUCACAAACCUGCAAAGGUUAUGUGCACUUGAUCACAAAUAGAAGCAAAUUUUUGAUAAGUCUUAUUACAGUAAAAUUAACAGUGCAGUGAUCGAUUAGUGUAGUCUUGAAUCAGUUUGCAGACAGGUGGAGGGAUCAGGCUAUAGACCCCGCCAUCGGUGCUGCACAGUUCGCAGUUUUAUACAACUAACCUUUCGGCAAGUAUUAAUACAAGUUAUUAUAAGCUCUUGUAAUCGUUUACACCGUGCCUUCAGAUGACAGAUCUCAGAAAUUGCAGUAAACUACCCACGGUGCACAAAUCUCAUGGGGUAUGUACUUCGCCAGGGCUACGUCUGUCUAGUGGAGCACUUCAGUACGUGUCCAUUAUGGUGGUUGUUCAUCUGUUGUGUUAGAUGUUGGUUUUUCUGUAACUGGAAAGGCGUCCUAUGUUAAUUAUAUAAUUUUUUUGUUUUUACAAUAAACCUAUACGCAGUUAAAA